AUGCCACCACGCCCCUUUCCCCAAGCCUUGAGUAUAGGCACAGAUAUAUGCCACCACCCCCGCUUCAACAAAUACUUUUCCGCCCACAACCCUACCAACAGCACACGAGACCUCCUAAAACUCUUCGACAAGACACUAUUACCCUCUGAACAACGAGUCUUUUGGCGACGCUUUACACCAUCCUCCCAACUCAGCUCUACCGCCUCUUUAUCCUGGGAUCAGAAAACAGCGGAAUCUGCAGCUGUAUAUCUAGGAGGAAGAUGGGCAGCCAAAGAAGCUGUGGUGAAGGCAUUUGCGGGAAAGAGGAGGCUGAUGUUGAGGGAGAUUGAGAUUCGACGGGAUGGAAAGACCAAUGCACCUUUUGGGAUUGUGAUUGAUGGGGUUGUUGGGAGGGAAGUGGAGUAUCAAUCUGCCAAAGAGAUUUAUGCGAAUCUUGUGCAGAAGUGGAGGGUGAGGGAUAGAAUUGAUAGGGAAAGUGUAAAAGAUGGGGACUCUGCGAAAGAUGUUAGAUCAUCCACAUCGACACCAGAAUCCGCACCGACACCGACACCAACACCGAUACCGCGAAUCUUGGACAAAGAUGGCAAAUUGGAUUUCAAUGCUUUUCAGGAAGCUUUGACAUGUACGUCGAACAAAGGACCGAGGAUCGUCAAGACGCCAGUGUCAGAACGACGGGAUAGAUGUCGUCUAGCGGCGUUGGAGGCAGAGUAUAACAGAAUGGUUGAAGCGGAGAGGAAGGCUGAUGCUUUCUCGAAGAUGGAGGGUCAGAUUGUCAAGAUUUCCAUCUCACAUGAUGGGGACUAUUGUGUUGCUACUGCUUUAGCUGCCUUUGAUUAA